CGUCAGAAAUACCAUCAAGAAAAUACUAGCUAGACUGGAACCAAUCGAGAACAUGGCGUCUCAUCCAGCACAUCGUUCCAGCAAGGCAGCUGAUGAGGAGCUGCCAAAGGCUUCUUCGACCUUUCACCCAAGUCUGUGGGGCAGUUUCUUCCUGACCUACCAGCCGCCAACUGCACCUCAGCGAGCAAACAUGAAAGAACGAGCUGAGGUUUUAAGAGAACGUGUUAGGAAGGUUUUGAAGGGCUCGACGACUGAUCAACUACCAGAAACAGUGAAUCUUAUAUUAACAUUGCAAAGACUUGGACUGGGUUACUACUACGAGAACGAGAUAGACAAGUUGCUGCACCAAAUUUACAGCAACUCCGAUUACAAUGUGAAAGAUCUUAACUUGGUUUCGCAGCGGUUCUACCUUCUUCGAAAGAACGGCUACGAUGUGCCAUCAGAUGUAUUUCUGAGCUUCAAAACAGAAGAAGGCGGCUUCGCCUGUGCUGCUGCUGACACGAGAAGCUUGUUAAGCUUAUAUAACGCAGCAUAUCUGAGGAAGCAUGGAGAGGAGGUACUAGACGAAGCGAUUUCAUCGACUAGACUCCGCCUCCAAGAUCUCCUUGGACGACUUCUUCCAGAAUCGCCAUUUGCAAAGGAGGUGUCUUCUUCCCUUCGUACCCCUCUCUUCAGAAGGGUUGGGAUACUAGAAGCGAGAAACUACAUACCCAUUUACGAAACGGAGGCGACGCGAAACGAAGCCGUAUUGGAGCUUGCGAAACUGAAUUUUAACCUUCAGCAACUUGAUUUCUGUGAAGAGCUAAAGCAUUGCUCAGCGUGGUGGAACGAGAUGAUAGCCAAAUCAAAGCUGACCUUUGUUAGAGAUAGAAUUGUAGAGGAGUAUUUCUGGAUGAAUGGAGCAUGCUAUGAUCCGCCAUACUCCCUUUCCCGAAUUAUACUGACAAAGAUCACGGGACUUAUUACAAUAAUCGAUGAUAUGUUUGAUACACAUGGUACCACUGAAGAUUGCAUGAAAUUCGCUGAAGCGUUUGGCAGAUGGGACGAAAGUGCAAUACAUCUCCUUCCAGAGUACAUGAAGGAUUUCUACAUAUUGAUGUUGGAGACAUUUCAGUCAUUUGAGGAUGCUUUAGGGCCAGAGAAGAGCUACCGUGUGCUCUACCUAAAACAGGCGAUGGAGCGUUUAGUUGAGCUAUACACCAAGGAAAUAAAAUGGCGUGAUGAGGAUUAUGUGGCGACAAUGAGUGAACACCUCCAGGUUUCAGCAGAGUCCAUCGGAGCCAAUGCUCUAACAUGUUCUGCAUAUGCUGGGAUGGGUGAUAUGUCGAUAACAAAGGAGACCUUCGAGUGGGCUUUGAGCUUUCCACAAUUUAUAAGAACUUUUGGUUCAUUUGUACGGCUCUCCAACGAUGUCGAAUCGACCAAGCGUGAGCAAACAAAAGACCAUAGUCCGUCCACUGUCCAUUGUUACAUGAAGGAGCAUGGAAUAACAAUGGAUGAUGCAUGUGAAAAGAUAAAAGAGCUUAUCGAAGAUUCAUGGAAGGAUAUGCUGGAGCAAUCCCUUGCGCUGAAAGGGCUCCCAAAGGUUGUGCCACAGCUAGUGUUUGACUUCUCAAGAACCACGGAUAAUAUGUACAGGGAUCGUGACGCAUUGACUUCUUCAGAAGCACUCAAGGAAAUGAUACAGCUACUGUUCGUGGAGCCAAUUCCGGAAUGACGAGGCUCGAAGCUUAAUUAUAAGCAAUUAUUAGAUAUAUUAUGUGCUUUUGGAAUAAUAUAAAGCCACAGUGUCUUCUUGAAGGUCAGGUCAUGACGAUGAUACCAGCAGCCAUAUAGGAUGCUAGCUUGAUGGAACUCUAUAUAUAAGCAUUAUUGUCAUAAAAAUAAAAAUGAAUGUACGAUUAUGUUGUUGCUCCAGUGUAUAGAACGGCAAAUAGCCAUGUACGCCGAUAGAUGUUCCCUCUUGGGUUGUACUGAUACUCUAAAAUGGUAUUGUAUUUUGCUUGUAUAUAUUCUCAAGUAAUAAUGAACAUCUUUUCUAUA